GGAUCAACAGACACUUGAACUGCCACAGUCCAUGGAGGUGGUGUCGAAGCAGGAGCGGGCGGACCAAAGCAAGGCCGACGCUGUCAAGAGUGACCAGGAGGAGGACAAUGCGACGGCCUCUGGCCACACCUGUGGUCUCUGCGGACGGAGCUUCCCUCUCCUGAGCUCGCUGUCCCAGCACAUGCGCAGGCACACCGGAGAGAAGCCCUACAAGUGUCCCUACUGCGAACACCAGGCGGCCCAGAAGGGCAGCCUGAAAGUCCACAUCCGCAGCCACAAGCUGGGCCUGUUCAGCCGAAGCCUGGGCAAGAAGGAAGGGGAGGGCAAGAAAAGGGUGGAGGAGGGGGAUGGGGAGCAAGGACAAACACAGGGGGACCCCCAGAAACUGGAUAGUCCCGACAACAACCUUGCCAAAGGCACCUCGGCCAAGAAGCACAAAGUCAACGGCAAGACAAAAAAGAAAAGCUCCAAGAAGAAAGGCGAAGACACAGUCGUCCAGGAUGACGGCAAGGAGGACAAGCCGCAAACCACGGCUGAGGGCAACUCAUUUCCGGGAGGGACCAACUGGGUGGACGACAGGGACGAGGAGGCCAGUGCUGGCUCCUUCCCCUGCGGCUCUUGCAGCCAAGUCUUCCCCCAGGCCCUGCUUCUCAAGGCCCACAUGAAGAAGCACCGCGGCUCCCUGGACCACGGCUGCCGCAUCUGCGGCCGGCGCUUCCGCCAGGCCUGGUUCCUCCAGAGCCACAUGAGGAUUCAUCGGGCCAAGAGCCAGCUGCGAGGUGGGGGUGGUGACAGCAGCGAGUCCCCGACCACCCUCAACGGCGUCCCCCGGGAGCCGGCGUCCCUGGUGAACGAUGACUGUCUCUACGAGCUGUGUGCCGGCUGUGGCAACUUCUUUUAUGACCGCAAGACCCUCAGGCUGCAUGAGAGGGUCCACAAGCAGAGCCACACCCCCAGCAAGCCGACGCAGCAAGACCCCGACAACGGCUCGUUAUCACCCGCCGCCAAGAGGCGCUUCCUGGAAUGCCUUAACCUCAGGGCAGCUGGGGCUGGAGAGGCAGCUAGGGAGGGGAGUCUUGGAAGACGGAUCCCCGAGCUGGACCCAGUAUGCAGUUACCAGGCCUGGCAGUUGGUCACCAGAGGAGGGCGUGUGGUGGAGGUGACAGAUAAAAGCCUAGGCUGGGAGGAGAGGCUGGCGGAUGCCGACGUGGCGUUUGACCGGGAGAAGGGCGAGUAUGUGCCGCUGAAACAGGAGAAGCGGAAGAGGCAGCUGGACUCCUCCCAAAGCAAGAAGAAGAAAGGGGCCCAGGAUGUUGUCAUUAAUGGUGGGAUCUCCCACCAGCAGGGUGACAGUAGAAAUAGCCGCACCUUGUUGAAUGGGCUCAGCCCAGAGACGUUUGGAAUAUUGCAGAAAAAGGUGAAAGAUGGUCAUCAAGCCAGCAAGCAAGCCACCAAAUCAAACUCUGCCAGUCAGCCCAGCACAACAAGACAAGAAGAUUCUCUCUCUGCCAUUUCCAUAAAGAGGAAUAGUAUCAGGGACCCAACCUAUGAAGGUAAGACAAAACCACACUAUCACCUAGAUUAGCAACAAUAAUUUGAUUUUCCUGAAAUUACAUGACAAAAGGCAUCUUGGUUAUAUUCACACUUAAAAUCCUGAUUUGAAAAGUUUUCCUCAAAAAUGAGCAUUACAGCAAUAAUGAAAUCAUUCCCCCCAAAAUACAGACAUUACCACACCAAAUCUCACUUCCAUAUUAAUUGAAGUAAAUCUGAUUUUUCACAGUGAUUCAGUCAUGGUUGGUUUGGUUUCUUUUGCUACUCAGUCCUGAGUUAUGAUCAAUCUAAUAUCGUCCCAUGGUAUCAGGAGACCUCGUGUUGAUUAAUCAAAUUACAGAUCUCAACAUAACUAAAUGCCUCAGUGUAUGUGGACACAUCUCUCUCACGAGCUGCUGAAGUAUGUAGCAUACUUAGCAUAGUAGACUGCACAUUGAGCAGUUUGUCAAACAGGUUCCUCUUCUUAUGUUGUGGUUUAAUUUGAAUGUAUUAUUGUACACCAACUGAUUAUUGUAGACAAGACAGUCUGAAAAGUGAUGCUGCUUUUACUUUUAAACUCUGUGAUAGGAUAAUAAAUGGUUACCUUCCCAGUCCUCUUGAUAACGGUAUUAACCAAGAAUCAUAAGUACAUGGUUACAUGAUAAAUAUGCCCAUAACUAGCAACUUACAAGUUUGUAAUAGUCUUGUAAUGUUUGAAAUUACACUCAUGACAUUGACAAGCAAAAAGUGAUAGAUAUAAUUAUUACUCACAUUUGAAGUAGUAUGGAAGUGGGUGUCUUAGUUCAGUUUUCCAGUUAAAAGCUGGUGUUCAGUUGCCAUGGAGCAGUACUCAUACAGGUAAAAUGUGUGCAGCAGUUGCCUUUAGGGUACCACUGCAAAUGAUAUGGCUUCAUGGCGCCAUCGUGUGGCAUGGAUUGCCCAUUCCACCCUUCAUCCUACAUAAAGGAAUAUGAAAGGCCCUUACUUCUGGUACUUCUAGGCAUAACCCUUUCUGUACCAUUCAUAUAGCUUGACAUUUGUUUAUGAAUGUUUUCUGGAAUAUACUAUAUGCCUUAAAGGGUUCAUGAAGGCUUCAUUAAAUGUUAAAAGUUAUGUUGGAUUAUGAACACAGUUGAAUUUAUCUUAUAUUGCAAAUAGUUGAGUUUAGGGUAAAUGACUGAAAAAGGACUGAUGAAAAGUAGCAUGACAAUGUCCUCCUCUCUCAUCCACAUGUUCGUGAAAGCAUGUUACCAUUUAUUAAAUCUUCACAUCUUGCUGAAGCUCAUUUUCUUAAAUUGUCUGUUUUUCAAUGUGAGCUUAGUCUACCUGUACUCUGCUAUCCACAGAUACCAAGCCAUACUUCUGCAAGCACUGUGACUUCCACACCAGCGACCCCUCUUGCUUCACGUCCCACAUGCACAAGCUGCACAAGCACAUCAGGGAUGCACAUCAUCACAUACUGGGAGCUGUUAUGGAAGACCCGAGCCACGGCGCUCCCAAAGCCUCAGGUUACAUGGAAUAUCUCCGGCUGAAGAGCACACUGCUCAGCCAGCCCUACUGGAAUCCUCCUGGCCUGGAGAGGGCGGCAUCAAGCGGCCAGUCAGAGAAGUCAAGCCUAAAGGUCAAAGGGCAAUCCUCUCAGGAUGCCAUCAUCAACGCCAGCCUCCUCAACCUAUCUGCCCCGCCUGAGGGCCAGCAGGAGGAUAGUGGUGCGAACCCUGUGGCAGCGCCGUCCGAGGGUAAGCUGGUCAGACACCAGUGUCCGUUCUGCACCCACACAACCCAUUACCUGGAGGUUCUGUGGAUCCACCAGCGUGUGGCCCACAGGGUGGAUAGUGGCAGCUCCCUGGCCCCCAAAUGGGCCCCCUACGUGGCCGGUUUCGUGGGCUCCAAGGCUGCAGGACGACGCACAGGGCCCCCACCGUUCCUGGAGGGCAAAGACUGCCCAGCGCUCCCAGUUCCCCGGGCCCAGCGCACAAAAGCCCCAGGUUCCACCACCACACAACCUUCAGGUGGAGGCACAAAGAGGCCAAAGACCCACACAAGCACUACAAGUACUACUGCCCAGUCCAACACCAGCCAGGCCAUGGUGUCAGGGUCGCGUACCUCCACAAGGUCGCCCCCUAGUGGUGGGGAGUCGCUCCUACCGCAAAAGAAGAAGUCGUCGAGCCGCCCAAGCCAUACGGAGGAGGUGGCAAAUAAGAUCGCCCGAUCUAAAACGGAAGCCCACCUCAAAGCUCCUGCCACCACCGCCUCAACCAGCAUCCGAGGCUUCUCCCAGAAGUCGACAAGCAGCCCAAAAUCUGGAAGCCAUCAUCCGGCGGCUGCGAAGGGAAGCCUGCUUCCACAAGAGGGCCUCGGCUUUAUUCUCGCCAGGAACCAUGGCAGGGCCGACCACGCGUCCCAUCUUACCCCAGACAGAACUCACCUACACCCCCAGCCCCAUCCACACUCCCACAGCCAUCCACAGAAUCCCCCUGCAGCCCCGAAAGGUCAACACCUUUGGUCAGUCACAAAUAUGUUUGGGGCGCAGGGCAGCAGCGGGUACCUGGCACCCGCCACACUCCUCGGCCACGGGAAGAGGGAGUCGACUGCUGGGGACAGCAGAGACACCCCGAUGGACAUGGACAUCCUGGGUCUGUUGAAGAACUACAACCCCCACGACCUGGCAGCUCUCUACCAGCACUGGGGCUUUGUAGAUCCCAGGCUUGACCCACAAGGUAAGGGGGGAUUGAGUGUUGGGUAAUGUAGUCCAUUAAUGACAAUGGCAUUGGGUAAUGUUCACCACAGCCCUACAUAAUUCAGCAUGUACACAGACACACAGAGAGGAAGAGAAAGAUAGACAUUCACAAAACGGACCAUGUACUCUACACUGUACACUAAGGUCACGUCGAGAGUAGCAGCUCUAACCUGCAGCUUGUCGUCGUAGAUAACAUCAUCGUUCUCUUUAGCCCUUUGAGUCACAUGUAAUAAAGUGACCUUAGUAGUAUGAGUUUUUCAUUUGAUUUCUCCUCCGCCUUUUCUGUUUUUCUUCGAGUGUUUUUCCAUGAAUACUAAUAGCUUGGGGGAAACAUGUUUACCAAGGCCGACAGAAGGACAGUGCAUGUUUCUACCAGUCAAGGAAUAGGUCUCUCUGUCUGCUGUCGACCUGUGUGUAGGUCCUGGGGUGGUGUGUGUGUGUCACAGUGGACGGGGAGGACGGCUCAUAAUAAUGGCUGGAACGGAGUGAAUGGAAUGGUAUCAAACACGUGUUUUAAUAGCAUUCUAUUAACUCCAUUCCAGCCAUUAUUAUGAGCCGUCUUCCCCUCAGCAGCCUCCACUGGUAUGUCAGUAUGUGCGUGCAGGGAUCACAGUGACACAGAUGGGCAGUGGGCACCCAGUACUGUGUGACAAGGAUAAGGGUGUGUGUGUGUGUGUGUGUGUGUGUGUCAGAGAGAGAAAGGGAGAAUGAAAGAGGCGGCAUCGAGGCCACACACACACACACACACACACACGCACACACAUACAGUAAAUUCCACUCCCAGAACAUCAGAGCGACCUGACACAAUCGGGGUGACAGCAGGGGAAAGAGCAGCGAGCAAGUACAGGGAAAGAGAGGGAGAAACAAGAGGGAGUGAAAGAGUGACCUAGUGAGAGGGAUAGGCAGACAUAGAGAGAGAAAAAGAGCGAGAGGAGCACAUCUGACAUGUGACACGGGAGCGCUGGCCAAGGGCACAUCAGAGGCCCGGCAAUUUAAUUUGCAGUAAUUUAUGUGUUACCUCCUAGGCAGCCAGGGGGUGUGUCAGGGCUGUCAGAUUUGGUACGAAAGUCGUCAUCCACUGCCCUGAAGGAAGCCUACCCCUCCCCCAUCUUAAUGGCACAUUGGAAGUAGUAAUGAGCCCAAUACUCUGUGGCUUAGGUGGUCUAGCGGUUAGCUUCGCCCCCUCCAGCACACAUGUAUACCUGUGACUGCAUGGGUUCAAAUCUGACCCACAGCCCUUUGACUCUCACUCCUAUUCUUUCCACGCUAUAACUCUGACUUUAUUCUGUUCAAUACAAAUCUUGGAAAAAAAACUAUGAGCUAACUAACUAGCUACUGUUUUUGCAUAAUACAUGCCUGCUGCACAGUACCGGUGGGUAAAACGAUUGGAUAAGUAAAAAUUGUCUCAAUUUUCAUCAAUGGAACAGGUUAGCUACCUAUCCAACACUGCAAUUAGAGCUAGCUGGCUAGCUAACAUUAGCAUACUGUAGCAGGUCAGCUGCAAUGCUAGCAUUUACUCCAUGAACAAAGCAAACUAUCUAGCUAGCUACCAACCUAGAAAAAUAGAGGCAAGAGAGUGGUGUUAAUGAUUUUAUAAAAGUGUUAGAAAACGGAGUAUGUUAGAUAAUCCAGCUGGUCCGGCAGUGGUCGGCAUUGUUUUCUAUGCGUUCUUGUGUUCAGACUUCAGACGGUAACAACCCAGAAUUGGAUUGGUGCAAGCAGAGGCUGAAUAGAUUGGUGCAAGCACAGAUUUGCACACACACACAUGAAAAAACAAAAAAAGGAAUUGAAAUUUCUUUACAAGGUGUGUGUUGUGCCUGUGCAUGCCAGUCUGCCUUUGUGUGUGCUUUUGUCCUUGGAUGGCAGUCCUUCAACUUUGAACAAACACAUUUGCUUGUGACACUGACCUGUGAAAAUGUUUAUACAUUAUUAAUCAGAUGUCAGUUAUGGGGAUGUACAGUAAUUGGUGUGUGUGCAUGCUAAUGAGAUGCCUGGCCACCAGCACAGUGACCAUUGGUCCUCUGUAGUUCAGUUGGUAGAGCAUGGCGCUUGCAAAGCCAGGAUAGUGGGUUCGAUUCCCUGGACCACCCAUAUAUAAAACUUAUGAGUGACUGUAAGUUGCUUUUGAUAAAAGUGUCUACUAAAUGGCAUAUAUAUAUAUAUCCCACAAUUCACUGGAAGACCAAAAACUAGAAUAAGCAGAAAAGCCAUAAUUUCUUCCCGUUUGUCACUCCAAGGCAAUAUUACCUUGAAAUCUAAACAGAAUAUUGCCCGAAAAAUACACCAGAUACCUUAACUUACUGUGAUAUUAUUAGAUUCAGUUUUUUCUUGUCUUGGUUGUGAAGGUCUUGGGAUUCUAAAGUGUUGCUCUGUCUCUCUUGUUUCUACAGCGAUACUGCAGUACAAUGGUCAUUUUGGAAAUGAAGUCCAUUCCUCCACAGAGGCCUCCAAA